CAUAGCUAAUUCAUCAAGCGCUGGCAAUGCAUCUUGCGGAGAUGACACGUUGCACCCGACGUGUUGCACUUGCAAUAUAGGGGGACCCGGAGCUGCUGAGGAAAUGCUCGGAGCUUCUCUGAGCACUGGAGCAUCUGCAAUGUUUUGUCUCUUCCUUCCUCUCGCUGUCGGCUACGAAUACUCCAGCAGCAGCGCCUACCUCGAGCUGGUGGAGGUUUUCGAAGCAACGUUCAAGUGUCGUUUUCAGCUCGACCUGUUCCCCUUCGACAUCCACGUGUGCCAUGCUAACUUCUCGCUUGUGCAGUACAGCAAGGUCUUCAGGGGAGUGUACCGCUUUGUGAACGUCUCAGGAACACCGCAGACUCCUGAACUCCCUCUCUUCACGCCUUCCAGAGUGUGUUAUUCACCAGAGUUCAGUGAGAAUGGAAAUGUUACAGUGGUGUCCUUCAAGAUCCAGUUCCAAAGACGCUAUGGCUCUUACAUCUUCACGACAUUUGGCCCUUGUCUUAUGCUCACUCUUAUAGGGUAUUUGACGCUCUUCUUUGGCGUCGACAACUUUAGCGACCGCAUCAUGGUGACCCUCUCGUCCCUGAUCGUGGUGGCCUCCCUCUUCGCCCAGAUCGCCACCACCACGCCCGCCUCCGCUAGCCCCAAAGUCAUCGACAUUAUCUUCCUCGCCAUCAUCAUACGCCUGUUUCUUCGUCGUUCUCCACCACUCGAUCUACUACCUCCUUCGGGUCUACGUGAAGAAGUGCGAGGAGAAGCGAAGCCGCGACGCCGUUCAGCCUCUGGCUGUUCGGAAGUGGGCGGGCGCCUCGGCCGAGCUCCCUGCCGUCUACACGCCCCCUGA